CCAGACUUCCGCUCCCUGCGUUCCAAUCUCUGCAGGCUUCCGGUGCAUUGUGCUGAGAGAGAAAAAGGACUGACAUGAAAACUGAGCAGUGAGGGACUGAAGCAUCUGUACUAGAAGUGUCCGGAGACCUAUCUCUGAUUUCCUGAGGAUGGAUAAAGACUGCAGUCAUAUGACUGAGAGGAUACUAAAUCUCACGCUGGAGAUUAUCUACCUACUGACUGGGGAGGAUUAUACAGUAGUGAAGAAGACACUUCCAAGCUGUGCCUCCAUCACGGUUCCUCCACCUCACUCACUGAUACAUGAGAGGUACAAUGACCAGAAGAUCCUGGAACUCACCAACAAGAUCAUUCAGCUGCUGACUGGAGAGGUUCCUAUAAGGUGUCAGGAUGUCACUGUCUAUUUCUCCAUGGAGGAAUGGGAGUUUAUAGAGGAAAACAGGGGUCUGUACAAGGACGUGAUGAUGGAGAAUCACCGGCCCCUCACAUCACUGGAUGGGCCCAGUAACAGAGAUACCCCAGAGAGAUGUACCCGUCCUCUGUAUUCCCAGGAUUGUACAGAGGAGAAUCACAGGAUCCCACAGGAGGAUCAGAUAGAAGAUACAGAGGGAGAAGAAGAGACGUAUGUGACUGAUAUGAAGGCAGAAGAUAUAGAGGGAGAAGAAGAGACGUAUGUGACUGAUAUGAAGGCAGAAGAUAUAAAGGGAGAAGAAGAGACGUAUGUGACUGAUAUGAAGGCAGAAGAUAUAGAGGGAGAAGAAGAGACGUAUGUGACUAAUAUGAAGUUAGAAGAUAUAGAAGGAGAAGAAGAGACGUAUGUGACUGAUAUGAAUGCUGAAGAUAUAGAGGGAGAAGAAGAGACGUAUGUGACUGAUAAUAAAGCAGAAGAUAUAGAAGGAGAAUUAGAGACGUAUGUGACUGAUAAUAAAGCAGAAGAUAUAGAAGGAGAAGAACAGACGAAUGUGACUGAUAAUAAGGCAGAAGAUAUAGAAGAAGAAGAAGAGAUGUAUGUGACUGAUUUGAAGGCAGAAGAUACAGUGGGAGAAGAAGAGACGUAUGUGAUGGGUGAUCAGCUGUGUAAGGAGGAGGAAAUCCCUACAGAUAUCAGUACAGGAGAUGGAGGCACAAGUACAAAGAUCUUGGAGGGAGAUCGCAUUUUGCCUCCAGAUAUUAAAAUACAAGACAACAUCACACUGGACUCUCCGGGGGACAUCUCCAUUUCUCUAAAUAUACAUCCUGUACCUCUCAGUGCUGAUCUAUCAUCUGAUCUCUGUCAUCAUGGGAAAUGUUCUCCUGAUAACUCCAAAAUUGUUACACAUAGUGCUGCUCUUACAGGUGAUUCGGUUUUUACAUGUAUUAAUUGUGGUAAAAGUUUUGUACAUCAGUCAGUGUUUGUUAAACAUCAGAGAAGUCACACAGGUGAGAAACCAUUUCCAUGCUCUGACUGUGGAAAAUGUUUUUCUCAGAAAUCAAAUCUUGUUACACAUCAGAGAAGUCACACAGGCAAAAAAACAUUUCCAUGUCCUGAGUGUGGGAAAUGUUUUACACAGAAAUCACAUCUUGUUAGUCAUGAGAGAAUUCACACAGGUGAGAAACCAUUUCCAUGUCCUGAGUGUGGGAAAUGUUUUUCUCUGAAAGCAAAUCUUGUUAUACAUCAGAGAAGUCACACAGGUGAGAAGCCAUUUCCAUGUCUUGAGUGCGAGAAGCAUUUUAAAAAUAAAUCACAUCUUCUAAUACAUGAGAGAAGUCACACAGUUGAGAAGCCAUUUCCAUGUCUUGAGUGUGGGAAAUGUUUUACACAGAAAUCACAUCUUGUUAGUCAUGGGAGAAUUCACACAGGUGAGAAGCCAUUUCCAUGUCCUGAGUGUGGGAAAUGUUUUAUAUGGAAAUCAGUUCUUGUUGCACAUCAGAGAAGUCACACAGGUGAGAAACCAUUUCUAUGCUCUGAGUGUGGAAAAUGUUUUUCUCUGAAAUCAAAUCUUGUAAUACAUCAGAGAAGUCACACAGGUGAGAAGCCAUUUCCAUGUCUUGAGUGCGGCAAGCAUUUAAAAAAAAAAUCACAACUUCAAAUACAUGAGUGAAGUCACACAGGUGAGAGGCCGUUUCCAUGUCCUGAGUGUGGGAAAUGUUUUAAAGAUAAAUCAAAUCUUGUUCAACAUGAAAGAAGUCACACAGGUGAGAGACCGUUUCCAUGUCCUGAGUGUGGGAAGCGUUUUAGAUUUAAAUCACAUCUUGUUACACAUCAGAGAAGUCACACAGGUGAGAGACCAUUUCCACGUCCUGAGCGUGGAAAGAGUUUUACACAGAAAUCAAAUUUUAGGAGUCACACAAGUGAGAGGCCAUUUCCAUGUUCUGAGUGUGGGAAAUGUUUUAUACAGAAAUCAGAUUUCUUUAAACAUGAGAGAACUCACACAGGAACGGAGACGAGCAGCCAAGAGAGAAUCCGCCUUAUCGCCCUUAGCGUAAAAUUUAUACUGCAGCCAUCUCAUAGUUUUGGCUGCUUUUGCAGAAAGAAUCUGGUGAGGAGGGAAGAAUUCAAUCUCCACCGGAAAAAGGAAGGUGAGGGCUGCGUAGAAGAAACCAACAGCAAGACCGCCAAAUGGGGUUUGUCGUUCGUACCCACCAAUAAGCCAGACGUCUUCACCAACAAGAUCGACUUAUUUAAGUUGAAUCGACGCAUUAAAUUGAAGGAACAUUUUACAGACAAGCAGGACACCAUGGACACGGUCCCGGUGACCAAGAAAUCAACUUUUGUUCCGGUUUCACAGAAUAAAAGCAUUAAGACAUUCACCAACUGUAUGGAAUCUUACAUUAACGAAUGCACUCCUAACGCUUUUAAAGGUAUACACAACCUCUCCCUUAAGGAACGCGUAGCCUUAAAAAAUCUUGGAAGUUACACAGACAUCACCAUAAGGCCAGCGGAUAAGGGUGGCGGAGUGGUAAUCCAAGACCUCAGUGCAUACAAAACAGAAGCAUAUCGACAAUUGGAUAAUCCUGAGGUAUAUGAACUAUUACAAGAAGAUCCCACCAAGCCCUAUAAGGCAGAAUUGGACAACAUACUACAACAAGCUGUGUUGGAUAAAUACAUCACUACGUAUACCAAAGAAGCUCUCAGCACAGAUUGGCCUGCUGUCCCGGUAUUUUAUACCAUACCCAAACUUCACAAGGAUGCUGAAAACCCGCCUGGUCGUCCCAUCAUAGCAGCAAGGGAUUCCCUAUACUAUAAUCUAGCUCAAUAUUUGGAUUAUUACCUUCAACCGCUUAUUCAAGGAUUACCAUUGUGUUUAAAAGAUACAACUUCACUGAUUCUGACACUACAAGCUCUGUCUCCUUUACCAUCGAAACAUCUGCUCUGCACUAUUGAUGUUAUCAAUUUAUACACCAGUAUCCCACACCAUCGAGGCCUACAGAUCAUGGAAACCUUCCUCACGAAUCAUUCGGAAUAUAAGGGCCCAGAUGUCAAACUUUUUUUGACUCUUUUGGGUCUUACCCUUAAGAGAAAUUAUUUCCUCUUUGACAAAAAAGUUUACCGUCAGCGAACCGGAUGUGCCAUGGGAUCCUGCGUGGCACCCAGCUUCGCUAACGUGUUUAUGAGUGAGCUAGAACAAGAUCUGUUUUUCAAUACCAGUGAUACUACUAGUAAAAUCACACUGUUCCGUCGGUACAUCGACGAUAUCAUACUGAUUUGGUCUGGCUCUCAACAGGAAUUCAUCUGCAUGAUGGAAGAAGUGAAUUCAAAGGAUCCAGCCAUCAAAUUCACGUACGAAUGUAGCUUUGAAAGUAUCCAUUACCUCGACGUGGCCAUCUCUGUGGAUCAAGCUAAUAACAUCAAUACCAGCAUCUAUUAUAAACCGACUGAUCGCAAUACGAUACUCAGAGCAAAUAGCCAUCACCCGGAAUCACUAAAGUGGAGUUUACCGUAUUCGCAGUUCCUUAGAAUUAUACGGAUCUGUAGUAAUGAAGAGGAUGCUCGUCUACAGAUCCACAAUAUGUCCUUGAAAUUCCAAGCACGCGGAUACUCUGUGGAAUCUCUACAGAAAGCUAGAGCCAAAGCACUGUCGACGUCUCGGCAGAUUGCAUUAACGUAUAAAGAGACAAAGUCCACUAAAGAAAGGAUGAUUUGGACGCAGGACUUCACCACGGCAAGUCAACAUCUGGCCAAAAAAGCCAAAAAUAUCUGGCCGAUCAUUUCUAGAGAUAAGGACUUACGAGUCCUAAAGGACAGUUCAUUGAUGGCCGCAUACAGAAGGGGCAGAAAUAUCAAGGACAUCGUAGUUCAUAACGAUAUAUCGGAAAUGGGUCCAACAAAACCAUCCCAUUUCCUCACUCGUAAACCUGGAAACUACAGGUGCACAGGGUGCACUACGUGCAGUUGUCUAGAGAUAGGUGAUGAAUUCCAACAUCCCAGAUCGGGCAAAUCCUUUAAGAUUAGACACGCAUUGACCUGCACCAGCAAGUUUAUUGUGUAUUACAUCAAAUGCCCAUGUGGCCGACUAUACGUAGGCAAAAGCAUUCGGCAGUUCAAAGAGCGAAUAGCCCUACACAGAUCCAGCAUUCGUGCAGCAUUGGAGGGUGAAGCAAAAGCUCAGGCGUACAACAAGCAGGCCUGCACUUCCAAACCUGACAUCUGUACUGAAAGUUUCCUGAGACCUAUCUCUGAUUUCCUGAGAAUGGAUAAGGACAGGAGUCACAUGACUGAGAGGAUACUAAAUCUCACCCUGAAGAUCAUCUACCUACUAACUGGGGAGGAUUAUACAGUAGUGAAGAAGACACUUCCUAGCUGUGCCUCCAUCACGGUGCCUCCCCCUCAUUCACUGAUACAUGAGAAGCACAAUGACCAGAAGAUCCUGGAACUCACCAACAAGAUCAUUCAGCUGCUGACUGGAGAGGAGGGGGAGUAUAUAGAGGAACACAGGACUCUGUAUAAGGACGUGAUGAUGGAGAAUCACCGGCCCCUCACAUCUCUGGAUGGGCCCAGUAACAGAGAUACCCCAGAGAGAUGUCCCCGUCCUCUGUAUUCCCAGGAUUGUACAGAGGAGAAUCACAGGAUCCCACAGGAGGAUCAGGUUGAGUAUAUUACUUAUUUUAAGCUGGAAGAUACAGCGGGAGAAGAUGAGACGUAUGUGACUGAUAUGAAGGCAGAAGAUAUAGAGGGAGAAGAAGAGACGUAUGUGACUGAUAUGAAGGCAGAAGAUAUAGAGGGAGAAGAAGAGACGUAUGUGACUGAUAUGAAGGCAGAAGAUACAGAGGGAGAAGAAGAGACAUAUGUGACUGAUAUGAAGGCAGAAGAUACAGAGGGAGAAGAAGAGACGUAUGUGACUGAUAUGAAGGCAGAAGAUACAGAGGGAGAAGAAGAGACGUAUGUGACUGAUAUGAAGGCAGAAGAUAUAGAGGGAGAAGAUGAGACAUAUGUGAGGGGUGAUCAGCAGUGUAAGGAGGAGGAAAUCCCUACAGAUAUCAGCACAGCAGAUGGAGGCACAAGUAGAAAGAUCUUGGAGGGAGAACUCAUUUUGUCUCCACAUAUUAAGAUACAAGACAAUAUCAGACAUGACUCUCCGGGGGACAUCUCCAUUACUCUAAAUAUACAUCCUGUACUUCCCAGCGCUGCUAUAUCAUCUGAUCUCUCUCAUCAUGGGAAAUGUUCUCCUGCUAACUCUAAUAUUGCUACACAUAGUGCUGGUCCUACAGGUGAUUCAGGUUUUACAUGUAUUGAUUGUGGUAAAAGUUUUGUACGUCAGUCAAUGUUUGUUAGACAUCAGAGAAGUCACACAGGUGAGAAACCAUUUCCAUGUCCUGAGUGUGGGAAAUGUUUUAAACAGAAAUCAUAUCUUGUUACACAUCAGAGAAGUCACACAGGCGAGAAACCAUUUCCAUGUCCUGAGUGUGGGAAAUGUUUUACACAGAAAUCAUAUCUUGUUGGUCAUGAGAGAAUUCACACAGGUGAGAGGCCAUUUCCAUGUCCUGAAUGUGGGAAGCAUUUUAUAGAUAAAUCACAUCUUCUAAUGCAUGAGAGAAGUCACACAGGUGAGAGGCUGUUUCCAUGUUCUGAGUGUGGGAAACGUUUUACAUACAAAUCACAUCUUGUUAGACAUCAGAGAAUUCACACAGGUGAGAAACCAUUUCUAUGCUCUGAGUGUGGAAAAUGUUUUUCUCUGAAAUCAGAUCUUGUUAGACAUCAGAGAAUUCACACAGGUGAGAAGCCAUUUCCAUGUGCUGAGUGUGGGAAGCAUUUUAUAAAUAAAUCACUUCUUCUAAUACAUGAGAGAAUUCACACAGGCGUGAGGCCGUAUCCAUGUCCUGAGUGUGGGAAAUGGUUUAAAGAGAAAUCAAAUCUUGUUCAGCAUGAAAGAAGUCACACAGGUGAGAGGCCGUUUCCAUGUCUUGCGUGUGGGAAGCGUUAUACAUGCAAAUCACAUCUUGUUAAACAUCAGAGAAUUCACACAGGUGAGAAGCCAUUUUCAUGUUCUGUGUGUGGGAAAUGUUUUACAUGGAAAUCAAACUUUGUAAGACAUAAGAAGUCACACAGGUGAGACACUUUAUUCAUGUUCUGGGUUUGAAAAAUGUUUUACAAAUAAAUCACAUCUUGUUAUACA